AUGCCCGACAGCUCCGGCUACCUGCUCUUCCCCGGCUUGCACGAGCAGAAUCCGAAUCAUCCUUCCCCGACGGCCGGCCACGUGGAGAGCGGGCAGAUGGCGCUGGGCUUGCGGGGGGAUCUUUUCGGCCGGCCCGAGACUUACCGGGGGGUCUCCAGCCCCCGGGCGGAUCCUUACGGCGGGCCCCCCCAGUUCCACAACUACAACCCCAUGAAUGUGAACGUCGGGGGCGUGAACGUGGCGGCGGCGGCGGCGGCCCCCCCGCCGCCGCCGGGGGCCCCUCCGCCGCCGCCGGCCGGCCGGCCCAAGAAAAGCUGCGAGCGGACUUUCAGCACCAUGCACGAGCUGGUGACCCACGUCACCAUGGAGCACGUCGGAGGCCCCGAGCAGAACAACCACAUCUGCUACUGGGAGGACUGUCCGCGCGAAGGGAAGUCCUUCAAGGCGAAAUACAAGCUGGUCAACCACAUCCGAGUCCACACGGGCGAGAAGCCGUUUCCUUGCCCGUUCCCGGGAUGUGGCAAGAUCUUCGCCCGCUCCGAGAACCUCAAGAUCCACAAACGGACGCACACAGGUGAGAAGCCCUUUAAGUGCGAAUUUGAAGGCUGCGAUCGCCGCUUUGCAAACAGCAGUGACAGAAAGAAGCACAUGCAUGUCCACACGUCAGACAAACCCUACAUCUGUAAAGUUUGCGACAAGUCCUACACCCACCCCAGUUCCUUAAGGAAGCACAUGAAGGUUCAUGAAACCCAGGGGUCAGAAUCCUCCCCGGCAGCCAGCUCUGGUUACGAAUCGUCCACCCCCCCAGCCAUCUCUGCAGCCACGAGCAAGGACGCUUCCUUGGCCAAAGCAGCUCCCCCCACGGUUCAGACGACGAAUCCCAGUCACAACCCCGGACUCCCCCCUAACUUUAACGAGUGGUACGUCUGACUGAGGAGGACAAGCCCCACGCUUCCCCCCCCCAAAACCGGUUGGACCCAGACUGGGCCAAAAGUACCUCCCAAGUGGCCUCAAAAGGACACCAAAUGUAUCACCUGGCCUACGACUGGAGUUUACAGGACAAAACAUCGCAAGAGGAGUUUUGGUUUAUAAUUUUUUUAAAAAAAGUGGGGUGCUUGUAUAUGGGAAGGGUUGUUAUUCCAUCCGUUCCCCCAAGAGCUGGACACUGAAUUUAAUCAUGUCUGUUUUUCUCAGGAUUAGAAUUUUUUUUAAAUUCCCCGAUCAAAAUUAUUUCCAAUAAUUUUUUUUUUUUAAAAAAUUUCCUCUUCCAAUUCACCACCCACUGUUUGGUUUUUCAUUUCUGUGCUUUGUUAGUUGACUUCGGUGGAUAGUCUUUACUUCUCCCACCUUCUCCUCUAGCAGGAUUUUUUUUUCAAAAAAAGAUCAAAUGAGCAAACUGACGUUUCCCCUUGGCCUUAGUUGUAAGUAUUCAAAAUAAGAUAAACAGAAACAAAAAACCACAGUCUUAAAACUUGC